CAUUUACGAGAUUUCACAGAAAACCCCAUCAUUAUUGACUUUUCCUUCCGUGUUGUUUCAUCGAGAAUAAUAUUUGGAAUGGCUUCCUUGCAGCCACAGCACAGCCUACACGGGGCUGAUGAUGGAGAGUUGGAGUUCAACAGCCCAUCGGACAAUCCACCCGCAGUUUCUUCUAGUGAAGAGUCGACCAUAGAUCUUAUGAGUAUUUAUGAUCCAUCAUAUGAUUACAGCGAACAGGAUAUAUCGUAAGUUUACAUAAAGCCUGCACUUGCUUCAUGGUAAUCUCCAAGGAGUAUGGUGUAUCAAAUAACGUCAAAUAAAUCUAUGCGCUACCAUCUGUUAGGAGAUAGCCGAGAAUCGCUAGUAUUUAUGAGUCUCGAGCUAAUUGCCCCGGGCUGUGAGAAACCUCGCAGCCCACAAGAACUAUAAACACCAACGAAUUGCGUCCAGUCGCAGGCGACUGUCGUACGGAGUACGAAUGAGCUGGAGAAAUAAUGCGCUUUUAUACAGGUAAGAAGAGCAGAAAACAAGAGGGGCAAUCAGGUAGGUCAGCGAGCUUGCCUGUAUGAUGACAGGCUCAACUACAUGUAUAUAUAGCUCUCGCCUUAGAAUAAGGCGAUGAUCUCCUCCUUGCUCGGCGGCUACCCGCUUUUUAAGGUCGACGCAAUUCUCUGAGGAGAUACCCUUUAUCCACACAAUGUUUUUAGAGGAAUUUAGCUUACCAUUACAAAUUGUGAAAGUCUGAG